AUGCUUUUUUUCAAACAACAAUGCUGGCUCGAUGAUUUCCGUGAUUGUCUGCUCGUCCUGAUUGCCUUGAUUGUCCUCAUUGUCCUGACAGGCAUGGGAACGUAUGGAAGCGGGGCUCGCGGUGGAGCAGGCGCGGAGAUGUACCAGAGCGAGGUCAACAACACCAUGUUCGUGCACUACGUGCGCACCAUCGUGCAGCCCAUGAUGCUGUCGCUCAAGAAGGUCGUCGAUCCCAAGAUCAAGCUGGAGCUGAAGGUCGGUCGUAAUAAUUCGCGGGAAAAGGGCAUUGUGGAGGAAUCGAAGAAGCUUAAAGCGACGUCGCUCGUUAUCGGAACCAACGCCAGAGGCAUGUUCAGCAUGCGCGGCAAGUCCUCGAGCACGGGCGCCUACUGCGUGCGCUACAAGCCGCCGGGCAUAUCGGUGUACGUGAUUCAGCGCGACAAGGUGAUUCUCUACAAGGAGUCGGAGGGCUCGCCCGUCUCCUCCUCCACCGGCAGUCCCUCGGGCUCCGGCCCCAUGAUGCCGCGCCCGGGCCCGCCGGGGGGAGCGGGCUCGGGGACUCUCGAACCCACCUACAGCGGCGCGUUCAGCGAGCAGGGGGCCAGGAGAGGGUACGGCAGCGACGAGUCUAGCCCGUCGGGAUCAGGCACUCUCCAGCCCGUGUAUGGCAACCCUGCGCCCGGCGGCGGGGGAAGCGGCGGGCUUGCCCACUCUGGCACCCGCUUCUCCAUGGACGGCGGAGCGGAAGGGCAGUGGGGGGGCGGCGGGGGCGGAGGCGGAGGUUCCGCGGGGGGCGCGCAGAAGAGCCCGGGCGGGCCGAAUGAUAUCCAGCAGGCGGCGGCGCUGUCCGCGCUGGCGUGGUCGCAGGCGGCGAACAGCCAGGAGGGGCAGCGGCUGCAGUCGGAUUACAUGGCGGAGUUUGACGCGUGGAAGCAGUCGAACCAGGCCGCCACGUACCAGCAGCAACAGGACUUCAUGUCGGAUCUCCAGGCGCGCAUGGCCAAGGCGCGCGCGGCGCUCGCGGGGCUGCAGCUCGGGGGGGACGGGGGGAGCGGAACGGGGUCGCCAGCGGGGGCUGGGGGGGGUGCGCCGGGGGCGGGGUCCGGGGAAAUGCAGGCUCGGCCGAUGUACCCUGCGCCCAUCCCCGCGCCUAUCCCGGACGGGCCUGCGACUGGCGGCAGUGGCGGGCAGAGCGCCAAUGAGAUUGACCUGCGGAGGGAGCUGGAGCUGAUGCGGCAGAGAGCAGCAGAGGCGGAGCAAGCGCGCCUGGAGGCGGAGCAGCGCGCCCAGCGCGCCCUUUCCGAGGCAGACCGCUCCCUCCGCGAGGUGGAGGCUCAGAACAAGCGCCGGGAGCUGGAAACCGCUGUGCGCAUCGAAAUGGCGUCCCAGGAGGCCUCCCGGGCGAUUGCUGCAGCGGAGGAGGCGAGGAAGCAAGCUGGAUUGGAGGCGCAAAAGACGGAAGUGGCGAUGAAGCAGGCGGCGAUGACCCGGGCGGCACUGGAGAUGGAGUCGCAGAAGCGGGCGGCGGUGGAGCUGAAGGCGAAGGGGGAGAGGGGGAGUCAGCGCAUGGCGGCGAAUUACAGGGACUACAGCUACGAGGACAUUGUGUUUGCAACGGAGAACUUCAAGCCGGAGCGCAAGCUGGGCGAGGGCGGGUUUGGCACGGUGUUCUCAGGCACGCUGCACCACACCCCCGUGGCGGUGAAGGUGCUCAAGAACGCGGACGCCAUGCAGGCUGCCAAUGAGUUCCAGCAGGAGGUGGAGGUGCUGAGUCAGAUUCAGCAUCCUCAUGUCGUCAUGCUCCUUGGCUGCUGCCCCAGCAAGUACUGCCUCGUCUACGAGUUCAUGGCCAACGGCUCUCUAGAGGACCGCCUCCUCUGCGCCAACAACACGCCCCCCCUCCCUUGGUACAUCCGCAUGCGCGUCGCUGCCGAAAUCGCCUCCGCUCUCCUCAUCCUCCACACGCGCCCUGUGCCCAUCGUCCACCGGGACUUAAAGCCCGGAAACAUCCUCUUAGAUAAGAACUUCGUGGCGAAGCUAGGGGACGUCGGGCUGGCGAAGCUCAUGCCGGGUUUAUCCAUGGAUCAGACCUACAUGCGGGAGUCUGUUCCUGUGGGUACCUUUGCGUAUGUCGACCCGGAGUUUCAGCGAACGGGGGAAUUUGGGCCGAAAUCCGAUGUCUACGCACUGGGGAUCGUGCUGCUGGACUUGCUCACGGGCCGGAAACCCAACGUGUAUGAAGGGCUAGAAGAGGCUGUAGACGACGGGGACGAGAACGAAUUGAAAGAGUUUUUAGAUGAAAGAGCGGGUGACUGGCCGCUAGAUAUGGUGAUGGAGGUGGCGCGGAUUGCGGUGAAGUGUUCGGAGAUGAGGAGGAAGAAGCGCCCGGACCUAGAGAAGCAGGUCAUGCCGGUGCUGGACCGAGCCAGGGCGCGCGCUGCCAAGGCUGAGGAGGAGGCUCGGAAGGCCCCGAGCCGCCGGCCGAUGGGGGAGGCUCCGAGCGUGCUCUUCUGCCCCAUCACUCAGGGCCGUGCUGCAGGUGCACUAGAGGUGGAGAGGGGGGAGGAGGUGGAGGGAGGUGGAGAGGGGGGAGGAGGUGGAGGGGAGAUGGGGGACAGGGGAAUGCAGUGCGCUCCAUUAUCCAAGACUGGUGCCAGCGCAAUGGCUAAGAACUAUGCUGCAGGUGGUGGGGCUGAGGAGGGUGGGGGGAACGGCUUAGGAGUGUGCUAG